AUGUUAAUGUUACGUGACUUCAAAUCUUCUACCCUGUUUGAGGUUGUUGUCACCAUGGCUGCAGAUGAAAACAGCAUGACUGGCGACCUCUAUGAUGAUCUCUUAACAGCUUCUGUUGAGACAAGAGAGACUAAACAUGCCUCUCUGGAAAAGGAGGUUGAAUUCCUUAGAAAAGAGAAUGAAUUGUUGAAUGAGAUGAGCACCAAACUGAACACUGAGGCAGAGAGCAUCAUCAAGAACAUGUCCUCAUUGUUGCAGACCGCAAAAGAUGAAUUAUCACGAAAGAAUGAUGAAAUAAAAGAACUUAAAGCUGAAGUGGCUAGAUUAAAGAAAAGGAGCUAUUUUGAAGCAAAACGUAAUCAAGUGAAACCUAAUGUAGACAUUAGAGAUAUCCAAAGUUCUGGUCCAUCACGCUCACAUAGAGACAGAGACACAAAAUCUAGAAGUUCAGAUCGUCUGCUUGGGUCCCCAGGACAUUCUGAUGGUUUAUUACGCUCACAUAAAGACAGAAAAUCAAAAUCAAAAUCUAGAAGCUCAGAUCGUGAAUCCGAUUCACCACUAACAACAAUAACAAAUGGAGACACGAUGGGUGAAAUAGAUAAUGUGAGAUCAGAUAGGAAGCGACGAACUGAUGCUGAAGAAAAUAAUAAAGCCAAGAAAGCACGAUUGAGUAUAUCAAAAGAAGAAACCCUAAAAGACUCCAAGUACGAUCAGAGCAGUCGUAGGAGUAUCUCUAUACACUCAAGGUCAGAACGAGACCAUCAUCGUCAUGGUGAAAAAAGUAGGACAGCUAAAUGUGCGAGUGAUAUAAAAAAUAAAUACAGACACAAAAACAUAUCAGGAAAUCGAAGUAAAACUGGAACUAAACUUGAUAUCACUCCAAGGAAACGACAAAGAGAUUAUCAAGAAAACCGAAGAGAUAUUUCAAGAUCAAGUAUAAGCGAUCUUAGAGGAAGUGCUGAUAAGCAAGAGCCUAGCAGAGUUAAUCUCAGGGAUUUGAGACUUAAAGACGAGGAAGAAAGAAAAAAGAGAAAAGAACUCCUGAUUUUGUCUAUGUCAAAAGUCUUCCAGUACGGGAUGGUUGCCGAGCAACGAUAUCGAGACGAGUAUGACUUUAGGCGUCACCAGCAUCGGGAAAAACACCAGAGGCGCCGACGCACCAAGCAUAAACUGCAUGACUCUUUUGACUCAAAGCUAGAAGCAGAUAAGCGAUCAAAUGUGGAGCUUGAAACUGAAAAUAAUGCAAAUAUCAUAAAUGAACAAAGAAGUGGUGUUAGCGAUAAAAAUAUUGAUAUUGGUAAUGAUGUAUUAGAUAAUCAUAAACUAAAUGAGCCACCACAUGUGGAUGGAUCUAAGGCUGAUUGUGUGAGCAAUGAACCACCCAAUAUUCAUUUAACAAAGAAAGAGAAAAGUGCAUCUGAUAUGUUGAAUGAAUUACAAGGUGCUUCAGACCAUAAAACACUAGAGACACAUGCUCCAAGCACACAGUUCCGUGAGCUCAAUUUUAAAAGUUUAUUUAAAACCCCAAAUAACCCUAAACAAGAUGGUGCUGAUGAUAAUCAACCAAAUGAAAUUACUGAUGAGCACAGUCAUAAUAUCACAACAAACAAUGAAUUAGAAUAUAAACAUGAGCAUACUCUAGUAGAUAACACAGAUGCCCCUGUUGAGAUGCUCUAUAGGAAUGAUAAUGAAGAAGUUGCCUUUCACUUAAGUGCCCAGUCCAGUCAUGUAGAUCUUGCUGCAGAUUUAGAAAUCUCAAAUAUAACGACCUUGAGUGAACAGGAAGACAAUGAUAUUGAAGAUGCUCAUGAGGAAGGUGAUGAUGACCUAUAUGGUGAGUUUUUUAGUGGAAGAGAUGAUGGAGAAAACCCUGAAGUGGAUGCAGCCCAGGAUGAAAGUUUAUUUGAUAUUGCUAAUGAUAUAGAACCAGACACAAAGCCACUUCCAGAAGUUGAUUCAGAAGUUCAUAUCAUUAACACCCCUCAGGAACAAAAUAAACUAGUCCAUUCAAGCAAUACAGAAGAGUCCAAAUGUGAAUCAGACGAUACUGGAGGGGUGUCGGGUACAAAAGAUAGCAAGAAUCCUCUAUCCAGUUUCAUGAACAUGUGGAUGGACAGGUGUAAGGCACCUACAUCUAAAUCUAGUACGGCUACAUCCAAUACAGAGAAACGGCAAUCAAUUAAACCAGAGGAUAAACACAUGGAAUCAAAAAGUGAACAAACCAUCAUUGAGCCUAGAAAUGAAAAAGCACCCAUUGAUGAUAACGUAGCUGAAGUGAAUAAAGAACAGGGUGAGAAAUUUCCUUCCUUUCUUGAUAGGAUAUUAAAUGACUGUGCUGCUGGGUUGAGAACAGUUAGGGAGCAUGAGGCCAACAAUCAGCAAAACAUCGAUCCAAGUCAAAUGACCAACAUGCAAGAAAUUGAAUCAAAUAUCCUGCAAUAUCCCCCUCAAGAUGAGCCAGCAUCAAUAGGAAUUAUACAAAGUGAGGGAAACUUUGAAAAGAAAGCAAGAAAGCCUCAACUUGAUUUUAAUAAUCUUCCCCCUGAAUUGGUCACUUUGGUUAAGUCAGUGGCUAGUAUACCCCCAAAGGCUAGACUCAAGGCACUGAAGAGUCUGCCUCCUGAUUUACAGGCCUUCAUGGAAGCCUUUGAGGCAGCACAAGGCAGAGAUAGCCCACUUAUGAGGAUGGAGAAUCAGCUUCACCAUGUUGACAAAUCUGACACUCCAAAACAACAGCCCAGUUAUGUUCAGAAAAGGCCUCAAGAUAAUGAACCUCCCAGGAUGACUGCACGUAGAAUGUCCCCACAGAUGUUUCAAGCCACACCAAAUAUGGAAUUCCCACCCCCAUCCUUCAAUCCUAAUAUGAUUACCCCAGUGGGUAGUGGUGUUGGUCUUUGCAGACCUAUCCCUAGACCUGCCCCGGUUCAAGCCAACCUAGUUGCAGUCUUACAACAUAUGUUACUCCAAACACAGGGACAACAGCCACUUGGCAUGUUGCCAAGCCAGUCAGUGGCACAGAAACAUCACAAAGGGGAAAGUCUCGUAAAACGGUCAAAAACCCAGAAGGAUCCUAGGCUAAACAAGGAAAGUGCCUCAAAUCCAGUAUGUAAUACAACCAUCCAAGACAAAGUACAGACAAGUAAACCUUUAAAACCAGCUUCCAGGCAAAAGAUUCCCUUUGCCAAGCUAAGGAAAACCCCUAUACUUAUUCCUGUCAUUCAGGUUGAUCCAACCUCAGAGACUACAGAUCCUAGACUUGCACAUAACACCCCUCCACUGAAACUUAGAAUUGCCCGUUCUAAAAGUCUGGGGGCAGAAUCUAAACAGGAAGCAGUCGUGGAUAACACUAGACCUGGAAUUGACCUUAUUGUACUGAAGUGGUCCACUGAAUCCCGUACCACUGUGGUACAGCAAGGGUCUUCUCAUUCUAUGAAAUUGGACACGCAAAAGCACAAAGCAGGCCAAACAAAAGAUAUGUCAAGCACUGAGUUGUUUAACGUCACAAAAAUGUUGGAAAAACCAAAGCCACUGGCUGGACUGGGAUCAGUAACUACAAAACUAGGAGGUUUUACGAUUCCAAAAAAGAAAUCUUCAAAGAGCGAAUCAGAUGUGUCAUUUAUAGACACAUACACGUUACCACAAGAGGCUCAAAUGAAAAAGAAAUCAAGGGAAACUUUGGAAAAGAUCCCAGGUAUUAAAAUAAAGAAUAAAACCCAAGUGAGAAAAGAAGUUACUCCAUCUAAAGAUGAAGAUACAAGCCUGGAAGCUAAAGUUCUCACGUUCCUUGAUACAGAAAGAAACAACAAAGACAAAUCUAAACAUACCAAACCAAAUACUAUAUCUACAUCUGGAACUCACAGAUCCAAGAAAAUGAAAAAUAGUGUAAAACAUGAUAAACCAACAAUUUCUCUAACCGAGGCAAAUACAUUAGCCAAGAAAAGUGAUACAUCUGUACCAGUAGAGUCCAACCAUAAAACUGAGGAUACAUCUAAAAAAGACAAAGUUCUUACUCAUGAAAAACAUGGAAAGAAAAGUAUUAACCCAAAGACAAAAACUUCAAAGAAAGAAUCCAGUGGAUCUCUUAAACAGGUCAAAGAGAAAUCCAAACCCAUAACUAAAGGAGUUGAUAGCCUUACUGAAGCUAAGCAAACAAAUGAACACCAUCUUAAUGCAGAUAGAACAGAGAAAGCAAUGAACAGUACAGUCACAGAGCAUACAUUUGGGGAAACAUUGAUAUCAUGCGGAGGUGCUAACAAUAAAACCCCAGUCCUUAAGGUAAAAGGUGAAUUCUGUGAUGACAAUGAUAACACAAUGGAUCUAGCAUUCAGGAUUGAGAAACUCGAUGAGCUGUAUGGAUCUACGACAAAUACACCUUUAAAGAAUCCAAAUUUCGACUCGUCAUCUUCACCAUUAAAUGGUGAUGAUCUGUCCCAGAGUAAUGACAGUCAUACAUUGUUUAUUGAUGAGAAUGCGUCUGAUCCCGCUGUGUUUGAUCCCAGUGAGAAUAGACGUGGAUCACUGACUUUUAGUUCUCCAUUGAAACGUAUAACUCCUCUAAAGACCCCAACCAAGUUCAGUGUCAGCUAUGCAAAGAGAAAAGCAGAUGAUGAGGCCAACAAUGUCAAGUUGGAUUUAUUCAGCAAAUCUGGUGGAAAAGAUAUAUCUGAAGGUGAAAUUAAGGCAAAUGGGAUUACGACUGAUGUUUCUGAAAUAAAGGAUAGCAAAAAGUCAAAGGAAACAAUAAAAGAAUCAAAAGAACAUCAAGAGAUUACAAGAAAAGAUACUUCCGAAAAAUUGAAAAAAUCAAUUAAAAGGGAUAAGGGAAAUACAGCUGAUGUUUCAGAAAUAAAGGACAGCAAAAAGUACAAACAAAAGCUCUAUAAAGAAUCAAAAGAACAAGAGGAGAUAACACAAAAAGAUACAGCUACUACUAGUUUUAAGAAAUCAGGCUCUUCUGAAAAAGAGAAAAAAUCAAGGAAAAAGGAUUUGAAACAUGAUGACAAUGCAAAGGUAAAAAAUGUAGAUUUGAAAUCAACAAAAAGAGAUGAACAAUCCAGAAAUGACAAAAGUAAUGAAUCAGGCUUGAAAGAGAAAAAUGUGAAAGAAAAAUCUAGUCAUUCAAAGUCAAGUGUAAAUGAAAUAGGGAAGCGUAAAUCAAGCAGUAGUAGUGAAAAAUAUUGUGGAAACAAUGAAAAUUCUAAUGCGGUUAGGAAUGUGAAACAAAAUCCGAAAGAUAAAAAAUUGAAUGAAAAAGAUUUACAGUUAAAGAUCAGAGAGAAAAAUGUGAAAGAUGUUGAAAGUAUUGGUCUGAAGUCAGGAGGAAAAGAUGACAAAUCUAAUGAAAAGCUUACUUCAUCCAGUAAGAAAGACACAAAAGAUACAAAUGAGAAGUUGAAACAAAAUACUAUUAAGAAAACAAAGAAGCGUAAACAUAGUGAAAGUCAUGACCAAACAAUGUCAAAAUCACAAAAAUUGUAAUUUUUAUAACUUAUCUUAUUUGUAUAUUUAGCCUAUGGUAAUUUAUUUGCUUAAAAUAAAGCAGAGAUAAAAGAGAAAUAUAUAAUGGAUAAUGUUGCUUGCAUAUUUAAUACAGGAGUUUCUUGCUAAUUCGCCCUUUGGGCAUUUAUUUCACAUGGUUUUUAUUUGAAAUCCCUCAAAAAGUCCCCAUGGGCCUUUUAAAGAGAGAAGUACUGAUUUUCCGAGGGAAUGGGCAUUUAUUAAGAGGGAAAAUUGAUUUCCAAU